AUGCCCGCGACCACCGCCGCCGUCAAUGGACACGGCGCACAGAAUGGUGUAACCGGAACACACAAACCAGGCGACAUCCCAGUCACAAGCAUCUUCUCGAACUUUGUCGCCAAUGCCAGUACCGAGGAUCUGACUCCCCACAUACGAGGUCGUCUGAAGGAAUACAUUAUCGACUUCAUCGGCGUGACUCUCGCCGCGAGCCACGCGUCCGAGUCGACGGUACCAUUCUGCAACGCCGUCAAAGCCCUGGGAGGCCAGAAUAAUGGCUCGUGUACAGUCCUGGGCAAGGGCAAAUCUUACACGCCUCAAUAUGCCGGCCUGCUCAACGCCACUUUGGGCCAUUCGUUGGAUUUUGACGACACCUAUGCCAAAGGCACGUUGCAUGCUGGUGUCACUGCCAUCGGUGCAGGCUUGACACAGGCAGAGCUGUUGGGUGACCAGGCGAGCAUGGACCGGUUCCUGCUUGCUGUCGCUGUGGGAUAUGAAAUCACCUGUCGAUUGGGCAAGGAACUCGGCAAUGACGCCUACUCUCGCGGCUUUCACAAUACCUCCACAGCCGGGAUCUUCGGUGCUGUUGCCACAAUCGCGGUCCUCAAAGGCUUAUCGGUCGAGAUUGUGGAAAAUGCGUUCGGUCUGGCGGGCUCAAAGGCUGCCGGGUCGAUGCAAUAUCUCGAGAACGGAAGUUGGAACAAGAGAUUGCACCCUGGCUUCGCGGUUCAUGAUGCCUUCAUCUGCGUGGCUCUCGCCGAAGCGGGCGUCGUUGGCGCGGCCAAGAUCUUCGAAGGCACAUUCGGCUUUCUGCAUGCGUACAGCCCGAAACCAGACAAAGACCUGACCUACCUCACCGCCGAUUUGGGCAAGAGGUGGGAAUUUCUCGAGACGUCUCUGAAGCCGUUCCCCGCCUGCCGCAUGACGCACGGCUUCAUUGAACAUGCUGUGCGACUGGGGCGGGACAAGGGCUUCUCCAAAGCCCAGGACGUGAAGAGCAUUACCUUGGCGCUGAGUCCUGCAAACGUGAGCGUCGUCGGAGCACCGAUCCCCAACAAAAUCCACCCGGAGAACAUGGUCGACGCUCAAUUUUCUGCUUAUUUCACCACUGCGAACAGCUUCCUUUACGGCUCUGACAAUGGCGUCCGCUGCUAUGAAAAGGACAGGCUCAUGGACCCGCAAAUUCGGGAGCUAACCGACAAGAUCAGGUGUGUUGGGGAUAGCUCGAUCAAGGAGUUUGGUUCGAAGAUGAAAGUCGAGUACGCGAAUGGGGAGGUCUCGGAGAUUGACAUUCCCUAUCCCUUGGGGGAGUUGCAACACCCCUUCACCCGGGAACAAGUUGAUGCCAAGUUCUUCAGUCUGGUGAACCCUAUCUAUGGCGAAAAGAAGGCCAUGAGCAUCCGUGAUGCAGUAGACAAUAUUGAAAAGCAUACUGUGAGCGAAUUGCUUGCGAUGUGUUGA